AUGUCCUCAAAAUUCAAUUCGUCCCAAUCUCCCUCACUCUCCCUGCCAAUCCCGCAAAAUUGCAACGACGACGACGAUUUCCAAAUCCCUCUAUCCCAAACACCUAAACAGACUAUUUCCUCCCACAAAAAACCUUUUAAACCCUCGAACAAUCCUCGCCUUCCAUCAAAAAAGCCAAAGAAAUCCACCAAUCCCGGCAAAGAAAAUAUAGAUCCCAACUUUCUAUUACCAUAUCAGAAAACUGAAUCCGGUGCCGGUGAUUUCAAUUUGGACGAGAAUUGCAGCUUGGAUUUUAUAGAGUCAAGCAUCGAUUGCACUACUUCUAAAGUUGGGAACGAGGAAUUUGAUAGCGAGAGUGGUAAAAAGGAAAAAUUGGAAGUGAAUGGAGGAUAUUUGUGUAAUUCGAUUGAGGCUAGGUUGUUGAAAUCAAGAGUGGAUUAUUGUGGAGUUAAUGUUGGUAAUGAAGAGGAUUUCGAACAAAAUAGCGAGCUUGACGUCUUAAUUAAGUUAUGUACUGAGGAUGAAAGUGAAAUGAGAGAGGAAGUUAAGGUUAAUUGUAAUGGUAAUGAAGGUUCUUUGGUCUUGUGUCCGCUUUGUGGGAUCGAUAUUUCGAAUUUGAGCGAGGAAUGUCGAUUAUUUCAUACUAAUGAGUGUCUUGAUAAAGAAGAAAAUAAUGUUCCAGAUGUAUUUGUUGCUGGUGGUGAUGGGGAACCAGAGGUUGUGCCACGAGGUGUGGAUGGUCCUGUUUGUUGUCCGAAGAAAGUUGUUGAUGUGUCACCUGUUAUCAAAUGGCUGAGGAAUCUGGGUUUAGAGAGAUAUGAAGAGGUUUUUGUUCGAGAAGAGAUCGAUUGGGACACUUUACAGUGGUUGACAGAAGAGGACCUCUUUGGCAUUGGUGUCACUGCACUUGGUCCUAGGAAGAAAAUUGGGCAUGCUCUUAGUGAGUUUAGAAAAGGGUCUAAUCUUGCAGUCGAGCCACAUGGAGAUGCACAUGCCUCCGGAGAAGCUGGAUCUCGGAGAAGCCAUGGCGCAGAAAUGCAAGUAGAGGCUUCUAAAACUAUUGGGGAUGACACUAGUAAUUUAACUGAAAACAAAUUGAUUACGGAUUAUUUCCCUGGAUCUGUUACUGUUAAGAAAAAAACUUGUGCUGUCUCUAGAGAACAACGGGGAGCAGAAAGAAAUCAGCCAGACUAUGUUCAUAAACGCGGGUUGAAAAACCCUACUAAAAGGGGAAAGCUCAAAGAUAUUCCCUUGUGGUGCAGCAUACCAGGGACACCAUUUCGAGUGGAUGCGUUCAAAUAUCUUAGAGGAGAUUGUUCCCAUUGGUUUCUUACUCACUUCCACAUGGACCAUUAUCAAGGAUUAACAAGGUCCUUCUGUCAUGGGAAGAUUUACUGUUCCUUGAUCACAGCAAAGCUUGUAAAUUUGAAGAUUGGGAUCCCUUGGAAUAGUUUACAUGUUUUACCUCUCAACAAAAAGAUCAGUAUUGCUGGUGUUGAUGUGACGUGCUUGGAUGCAAACCACUGCCCAGGUUCCAUUAUAAUUCUCUUCGAACCUCCCAAUGGUAAGGCUGUGCUACACACAGGAGAUUUUCGUUUUUGUGAGAAGCUGGUUACAAUGCCUGUUUUGCAAAUGUCUUCUAUCCAUACCCUCAUCCUUGAUACUACAUAUUGUAAUGCCCAGUAUGACUUUCCAAAGCAGGAGGCUGUAAUACAAUUUGUCAUUGAGGCCAUUCAAGCUGAAGCUUUCAACCCCAAAACACUUUUUUUGAUUGGAAGCUAUACAAUUGGAAAGGAAAGGUUGUUUUUGGAGGUUGCUCGUGUGCUCCAUAAGAAGGUUUAUGUUAAUGCAGCAAAAUUCCGUCUUUUAGAAUGCUUGGGGUUCCCUGAAGAAGAUAUAAGGUGGAUUACUUUAAACGAACAAGAAAGCCAAAUUCAUGUUGUGCCAAUGUGGACGCUUGCAAGCUUCAAAAGAUUGAAACAUAUAUCUAGUCACUAUGCGGGUCGAUUCAGUCUUAUAGUUGCUUUCUCCCCCACUGGUUGGACAUUUGGUAAAGGGAAGAAGAAAUCUCCAGGGAGAAGGUGGCAGCAGGGAACUAUUAUAAGGUAUGAAGUACCAUACAGUGAGCAUUGCAGUUUUACAGAACUUAAAGAGUUUGUGAAGUUUGUGUCUCCUGAAAAAAUAAUACCGAGUGUAAAUAAUGAUGGACCAGAUUCUGCCAAUAAUAUGGUUUCCCUCCUCCUGUCUUGA